GUGCGCUUCUUCCAGCCGAGUUGGUCCAUGUUAUGCUUUGGUGGCGUUUCUCGUUUGCAGCCUAUAUGGAAGCUUGAAUACUUUCCCCCAAAGUAAAGGAUAAGAUACUUCCACAGCUGAAGAUAUGCCACGGAAAAAGAGAACGGCAGGAAGCAGCUCGGAUGGAACAGAGGACUCAGAUUUUUCCGGCGACCUCGAACACGUCAGAGCUGCAGUAAGGGCGCGUCGACGCAGCAGCACGCGUCUGACUCGCGCAUCUCUGCGCCUCAGCCAGAGCUCACAAGAUAACUCCAGUUCGUUACGCAGCAGCUCCCCUGCUGCUGCUGCUGCUCACAGUGAGGGCCCCAAUUCCACAGCAGAGUCGGCCCCAGCAGCAGCAACAGCAGCGCCUGCCUCCGUCUUCUCCUCUGCACGCAGGAUCACACGUAGCCAGCAGGGGGCGGCAAACCCCAAAGCCAAAAGAUACCAUUUGCGUCAGAGCAGGUCGUCUGGCUCAGACACAGAAGCCAAUGCAGACGCAAAACAAGGAGCGGACCGGGACGAGACGCCCCCGCGGACCCCGACAGGCAACGCCCCAUCCUCGGAGUCAGAUAUUGACGUUUCCAGUCCGAGCAAUGACCAUGUGUCUUCUAACAACAAUAUUAUCGUUUCACAAGAGGAGGACGAGAGACUGGCGAAAGAGCUGUCGCUCAAAGAGGCCGCCGCCCACAACCUCUCCCAUCGACCCAAACGACGACGAUUCCACGAAAGCUACAAUUUUAACAUGAAGUGUCCGACCCCAGGAUGCAACUCCCUCGGUCAUCUAACAGGAAGACAUGAGAGACAUUUCUCCAUAUCAGGCUGCCCGCUGUACCAUAACCUCUCUGCUGAUGAAUGCAAGGGCAAGGCAACGACACGCGACAAGCAGUCCGAAGAAAGGGCGCUGUCGCAUCGGCAGGAUGAGAACAGACACUCCACAAGGCACCAGGCCCCCACAGAGGGACAGCAGCGCUACAAAGAUAAGGUGACAGAGCUGAGGAGGAAGAGGAACUCUGGCCUCAAUAAGGAGCAGAAGGAGAAAUAUACAGAACACCGACAGAGCCACGGGACGAGCCGGGAGCCGCUGCUGGAGAACAUCACCAGCGACUACGAUCUCGAGCUGUUCAGGAAAGCGCAGGCACGUGCCUCGGAGGACCUUGAGAAGCUCCGUCUGGCCGGCCAGGUGUCGGAGGGCAGCAACAUGAUCAAGACCAUCGUGUUCGGCCGCUUCGAGCUGGACACCUGGUACCACUCGCCGUACCCCGAGGAGUACGCCCGCCUGGGGAGGCUCUUCAUGUGUGAGUUCUGCCUCAAGUAUAUGAAGAGCCAGACCAUUCUGCGCAGGCACAUGGCCAAGUGCGUGUGGAAGCAUCCACCAGGUGACGAGAUCUACAGGAAGGGGAACAUCUCUGUCUUUGAGGUGGACGGAAAGAAGAACAAGAUUUACUGUCAGAACUUGUGUCUGCUAGCGAAACUCUUCCUGGACCACAAGACGCUGUAUUACGACGUGGAGCCGUUCCUCUUCUACGUCAUGACGGAAGCCGACAACACGGGAUGUCACCUAGUCGGCUAUUUCUCCAAGGAGAAGAACUCUUUCUUAAACUACAACGUGUCCUGCAUCCUCACCAUGCCGCAGUACAUGAGGCAAGGCUACGGAAAGAUGCUCAUUGACUUCAGCUACCUGUUGUCCAAGGUGGAGGAAAAGGUGGGCUCGCCUGAGCGCCCUCUGUCCGACCUGGGUCUGAUCAGCUACAGAAGUUACUGGAAAGAUGUUCUGCUGCGGUACCUCAACAGUUUUCAGGGAAAGGAGAUCUCCAUCAAAGAGAUCAGCCAGGAGACGGCAGUGAAUCCAGUGGACAUUGUCAGCACACUGCAGUCCCUUCAAAUGCUCAAAUACUGGAAAGGAAAACACCUGGUUCUAAAGAGACAGGACCUCAUUGACGACUGGAAGGCGAAGGAGACCAAACGCGGUAAUGGGAAGACCAUUGACCCCACGGCCUUAAAAUGGACGCCGCCUAAAGGGACGUAAAGGAGCUUCCUCCUUCUUCCUCCUUCGUUCACUGGCGUCCUCACAGCUGCAGCACAGUCACAUCUGACCACCGUUCAUCAUUUCUUUGGGUUCAAACAGUUUGUGUGUUGACUUAAGUGAAACAAAUAUAUUACUAUGUAAAUUUUAAAGGUUUUUAUUAUUACUAUUAUUCCUGGGGUUCACAUGGUAAAAUACUUUACAUGAAAAGGAACAGUAGGGAAAAUGUGGACAAAGUUGGACCUGGAUUUUA